AUGCCCUGCGGAUAUGCCCAGAUCAGACCCCAAGCAAUGGAUAUACUGUGUGCCUACUGCUGGGAAUCCAUUGACGCCGCCAAGGAUCAUUUUCGAAGCCUGGUUGGUGUUCAAUUUCAUUUUUCCCCCACCCGACCAAACACUCAUAAGGAUCCACUCCGUCAUCCACAGGUUCUUGUGAACAUUGCCCCAUUUGACCAAAUUUACUCACAUGGCGCGGUUCCCAGCCUUGCCAACCUCAUUGAAUCCGUGUGGCAGCAGCUCCAAAUACCAGCACACAACCUUUUGGGGCCAUUGCCCCCCCACCCAUCGGCCCACUCCGACCGGGUCAGGAUGGCUCACAUGCGCCUGCACAUGGUGGACUACAAGUAUUCCGACCGUGCAUCAUCAUUCACAUACUGGACCACAUUUGACAGGCAGCUCCUGGAAUUGGCGGAACAAGAUGAGACAUACCAAACUGCGCAUGCCCAAGCAAUACUUAUCAAAGACCAUGAACUGUUCAACGGUACCAAUACCAUUGCUAGCAUACCUCGAGCCAAUCGCCGCCUCCCAAAUGAGGCUGAAAUCAAUGCCCGCUUGGUCCUCAUUGAACAGGGACAGAGCCACAUCGAUCUACAUGGAUGA